UUGUUUUGAUUUGAGCGAGUGAGUGUAUUUUACGGUGCGUACAACUCGUAGAACUCCGCCGUGUCGUGACUCGUGAUGUUACUUAGCUCAUGUCUCCGGUUAUCUCGACGAUCAUGGAGGCCUUUGGGCCCAAAGGCUUGGCCUAUCGGACCUCAAUCAUGCCAUGUCUCCAAAUUACGCUUUCUACCGGCAUCAUGGUCUCGGAUGGUCUCAGGUCAUCAUGACAUCAAAAAGUAUUCGGUUAAGAGCCAAGCCAAGGAAAACAUACUUACCGUACCCAAUGGGCUAUGCGUGUUCCGUAUUGCGGCCACACCCUAUUUAGCUCACUUGGUUUUGCACAAUGAUCUGGAUUAUGCCUUCGGAUUGUUUGCUUUGGCCGGAUUUACCGACUUGUUGGAUGGAUGGAUCGCCCGGAAUUUCGAAGGUCAGGCAUCCAUGUUGGGCAGCUUUUUGGACCCAUUGGCCGACAAGAUCUUAGUAGCCACCUUGUACCUCAGUCUGACUUAUGUGGGUCUUAUUCCCGUGGAAUUGACCUCUUUGGUGGUCUCUCGAGAUGUUUUAUUAGUCUAUGCCGGGCUGUACAUUCGGUACAUGGGCGUGACUCCACCCUUUACGUUGAAGAAAUACUUCGAUUUGUCUUUGCCUUCGGCUCAAGUUCAACCUACGAUGAUCAGCAAGCUCAACACCAUGGUUCAGCUUGGCUUGGUAGCCAGUGCCAUGAUUGCGCCCAGAUUUGACAUGGUCGAUCAUCCAGCCUUUCAAGGGCUCUGCCUAUUAACCGCUACCACCACUUUUGCCUCAGCCGUGAGUUACGCCUUCAUGAAGGACACGUACCGGUUCAGUCAACGCUCUUACGACCACCAGUUCGGCAAGAAGCUCGUGGCUUUCAUCAUCUUUAUCCUUUUCAAUGUAGGUUUCGUGUCUCUCAUGCCUAAACAACCAAAGGCCGUUGAUCAAGAGUCGAAAUGAACGAACGGUAUAGCAAUCACGUCUCAACCGUGUAUUGAAUAGACGACAAGAAUUCUUCUCAGGAUGAAUUUGCACGUUCGAUCUCUCGCUUCUCGACGCCUACAUUUUCUGGUUAAAUCCCGGCUCGGGCAGGAUGUACGACUCGUAAUCAAAGUUGUCGUCGGUGACCUCGGGCAUAUUGACGAGGCCGAUUUCAUCCACCUCCAAAGCGAAAGGUCCAUCCACAUCGUCCUUAAGGGUAAAACUCACACCAUUGACAAUAGUGGAAUCGAAUCGUUCCUGGUCGUCCAUCAAGAAUGAUUUGACCGAUAAGAAGAACUUGGAGAACGGGAUCUGGAAGGCAAACCAAGGGUGUCAAAAAAAAAAAAAAAACAAAGCCUCUCGAUGGGGUUUACGGCAGGUACACACCGUGACUUCUUGCCAAUAGGGUCCCCCUCGGGUGUGGAUGGGAAAGGACCACAAGUCGUUGUAGUAGAUAUCGUAACGAUUGUUCAAAUGGACAUUCAUAUAAUAAGGGCGACCGUCGCCGCGGAUGCGAAUCCGAAACGCAGUGUAAUAUUGGAAUUUCAAUUCAGCCCGACGAGCAAACGAACGGAGGAUGAUGGCCGUCCGGAGAUUGCAGUAACCCGAGCGCACGAUCCGCCCAUCUUUGGGCACCCGGGUGCUUAAUUCGCCGCUGAAAUAACCACGCCCCGUUUUGGAGCGGGUCAGCUCGCACUUACUAUAACCCUCGCCCCAAUCCGAAUCACACGUGGUCACCCAAUGAUCUUGCAAAUCCUCGUCGGGUUUGAAGCACCAAAAUGGCCGAUACUCAUCUACCAGGAAGGAGAUCAGAGUUAGGAUCGGUUUCAAUUUUUAAUUCCCAUUUUUUCAUCGGAACUGCUUUUUGUUUGACGCCCAAAUGAGUUCUUUCCAAAUGUAGAGCCAGAAAAGGGGCCAAGGGUAACAAAAUAAGGACUAAUGUCACAAUGCCCUUCUGUUUCCUGGAAAAUCUGAAAAGUCUGGGCAAGUUGGGGCGUUAUCUAACGUUGAACAAACGCCCAUCACAUGUUCCUAUCAGACCUGGUCACGAUUCAAGCAGAAAGCUCAAUUGACCUCAUGGUAUUAGUAAGAAAAUCAUGGAUUGACCCGAUUAGGUCAAUUCAUGACUUUGGGAUCCCAUGAUUCAAAUGUGUUUUACUAGGUAUUCCCGGGGUCGAGUUCCAAUUUUGUUACUCACUUUCAUUGGGAACCAUUUCACAGGGAUCGGCCAGGAUCUCGUCUUUGAGCAUGGAUAGAUCUUUCUGCAAUCAAUGAAUGAAUCGAUCAUAUUAUGAUUUUAGCUGAACAGUAGAGGAUUCUAUCGAUUUUUGAGUCAGGCUACCCGGAUUUGUUGGAAACCUUCGCGAAAGAUUUCGCCCAAAUGAACAUCCUCCAUGUAAUCUCGAACCGUUCCGGUUUUCCCCUUGUAAUAACCGUCCUUGGGAUCAGGAUUGUAAAAAGGCGAGCUCGAACCGCGCCUUAACCGCUCGGCUAAAGUGGGCGUGUUUUCCGGCAAGCCUUUAUGCUGGAUUUCCAAUUGGGAAGGGCGUUUAUUCAGAUCGCCCUCCUUGAUAAAAAUGUCCUUGAAAGCGCUGACACAGGCCGAAGUUUGGAUCGAGCGGGACCAUGGCCAAACAUGGAUGAUUCUUGGCCCACCCACCGCCCGCAGACAUGCUCGCCGAGAUAUUAGCGGCACCAUUUGGGCCAUUACUGGCACCGGAACUGUCCAGGGCUGAAAACAAUUUUCAGGCCUUGCCUUCGUGGGAACUCUGAAGUUUUAUGAUGGUCACUGUGGUUGAUGAUGGAAAUCCAAUGGAUCUAGUGCCUCCAGAUCGGUGGGGGGAAAAAGCGCCAGAAUUGCCAAAUGGCCAUUUCCGAAAUCGAAAGAAGACACCGCUCAAGUUUAAUUUUAGGAAGUAGUGGGUGAGACAGCCUUCUGAGUAUUAUCGUCUCAUACUUUUGGACCAAUUCACCGACACACAUGGCCCACAUUCAAAGCACUGAAAAGGCCUUUAUUUUCCUUUUCCUUUUUCUAUACAGUAGAUGCACACAAAUUGUUUUGUUGCAUAACUUUGAAACAAUACCAAUUACAAAAGCUGUUAUUAAAAAAACAUGUGCUUAUAAAACCUUAUAAUUUUUCCAUUUUCAAUGCAUGAAUAUACUCUGGGUGUCUGUCCGAUUAAAAAAGGAACACGGCCAUCUUAAUUAGGCCAUCUUAGUGAUGGAGAAGAACGUCUUCAGUUUUUUCGCCUGGCCUUGGGGCAAAAAGCGCAAAAUGUGCAUGAAAGCGCACAUCAUGGAGACUCUGAAUGGAUCCCAAAAUGUCAACACAAAAUUUCAAUUCACAUAAGUUUUCGGAGUUAGCUCGAUAAACGCGCAACCUCUAACAAUUAGAGCCCAAGUGGAUUUGGCCAUUUAUUUUUGUUCUCGAUUUUACCGUCCAGAGGCUUUGAACAACAAAAACCAACGUCGUUUUAGAUGCACUCGAGUUAAGGGGCUGGUUUAAGCCUGAUUUCAUGGGAGAGGGCCUGUGCAUUCAGUCAACCAAGAAAGGUAUUCAAUAUGCUUACCAGUCGUUUCAUCUCAGCAUAUGUAGUAUUUCUAGAGCUUCUUGCUACAGGCGCUUUCUUAGUUGAUUGCUUGAAAAGUUACAUUAAUUACAUGGCGUUUAUUUCUUUUCCAAAAUGCAUACCCAUGGCUUUUUUCAAUUUCAAUGAUCGCGGUCACCUUUAUGACUCAUGCACUCCGUGGAGUUGGUCUGAAACCUAGCCCGUUUUCAGGCUUGCCAUUUCCAUCCUAGCUACCCGAGUUUGUCCAAUUUGACCACGAUCUUCUUUAGGUGAAUCAUGAUUAAGUUUAGAAAAUUUGUUCAAGGGUUGUGUCCAAAUCGUAGUACCAAAAGCUGCCUGCCCCGCAUAAUAAAUCCAAUUCCUAAUUUUAUGAUCUGGCUUUGCAGCUUAACGUCAUUGGUUCGUUUAUGCAUACCACCGUGUGCAUUUUGGCCUCACUGAUGGUAAAUUCACGUGCUCAUAGAUAAAGAAGCCCCGGACGGAAUUUGCCUCCACAAUACACUCGUCUCAAUGCUGAAAAUCCUUAGCCUGUCCGUCUUAUCUAACCAUUCCCAAAUUACCAAAGCACCUAAGCAACCCAGGCUGUUAUUGUCUUCUCUCGCCUCUCUUCUACCUUUGUCCAGGCCCAUUUUUAUGCCAUCCCGACUGUUCAUGACGUUCCUUCUGUACAUGGCAUGUAUAUAACAAAAUACGUGUGUAUACUGUGUACUCGAAGAAGUAAGAAGCAGUCAAGCCAACUUCCUGUGGACUGAGUCAGUCCGUCACUCCUACUCCGAUCCUCCUCCUGGCCAGUGCUCCUUGCUUCCAUCGCCUUCCAUCCUUGAGUAGAUGAGUGAGCUGUUACGGCUGUUACGCAGUCAGACCUCAAGAGCACCAAACAGUGGAGGUGUAGUAGUAAUCAUCAGGCAUUGAAGAGCAACGCCAAAUCAAACGAUUGACGACAUCUUACUCCGGAUCAACCCUCUCCCCGUACACACCCGACCUCCGACACACCCUCUUUUCACCAUGGGCAACUCGAGGUCAUCGCUCCAAUUGCCGGAGGAGGAUAUCGCCAACAUU